AUGAUGUUCGGAUCUACAUAUCAUCCAUUUUCGGACGACAAUAGCUGGGCCACCCCUCCCGUCUCCGCUAGUACAGGCCUCUCGGUCACAGCGUUUGCUCGAUUCGAGUUCGAGGCGGGUAAAGGAAAUGAGGGCACAAAGAUUUUAAUGGUAGAAUGGGAAGACGACGAUUUCAGUCCUUCGCCACAGGGCUCAUGGCAUGUCUCCUGGGAAGGUAAAACAUCAGUAUUACCUGCCGAUGAACAGACAAGCGAGAAAACGCGACGCUUCUACUUUUUACUGCCGCCGGGCGUGACUGUCCCUCCUGUCGUGAGUCUAAGCUAUGUACCACCACCCAAUUCUGCAUCUACCAUCAAGCAGCCGGAUUCAGUCAAUAUAAAUCCGUUGCCUGCCAUAUUUCCACCAGAACUGGGCGCUACCGCACGCACGGCCGGAAAAAAGGGCGUCCUGCAUACAAUCUGGGCAAAGAAGAGAUUACAAGCGCUGGAGAAGGAAAUUCGAGAGGAGUCGCUGAUCAAUGCUGAGGGGAUUGCCUUGCAGAUGGCAAUACAAGAAAAAGAAUGGAUAGAAGCGAAUUUUGGUGUAUCAGUACCGCUAUCAGCGAUUGACGUGUCUUCACCCUCACCUAUCGCCUCAUCCAAUGCUUUACUACCUUUGACACCUCUCUCACCAAUAGCGGGUAGUAGAUUGGGUGAAAAGCUCAAAGGUCUUAAGUUGAAUACUAGCGAAAGAGAUUCCGGAAAGCGAGCAGAAGACGACGAAGCCUAUCGACAGAAUGAUGAUCAAGCUCACCCUCUGUCUCCCCAAUCCCCCGAUAUAGCUGUCUCAUCUUUCAGCUCCUUUCACGGUGUCCCUGUAAAAGGUACAUCAGAUGCUAGGCGCAUAGUGGCCCAUCAUCCUCCAUCAUUCAUUCAAGAAGCGCAAAAUAAUAGCAAUAACAUCAGCCUAAUGGAUCCUUUGACACGAUCUACAACUUCCGACUCAGCGGACGAUUUAUUUGCCAAGGCCUUGAGCCCACGCACGCCGGACCUGCCACUGAGCCCCUUUUCCUUCUCCGCUACUCAGGUUAUCGCAGGAGAAUAA